CCUCCUUAUAUAAUAAUUAUUGAUAUAAUAAUUAUAAUCAUGAGCAGCACUAGCAAUAAUACGGAGCUGAAAGCUCCGAAGUAUUCCUACGAGAAGUACAUGACUGCCAAAUAUUAUCAAGAAUUGGCAGAGUCCAAGUACUCUUCAACUAAGGCUCCCAAAUAUGUAGACAGUGGCUUCCAGAGAGAAAGUUUGAACCCAGCGAUCAACUUGAACAGACUUCGUGACAGAAUCGCGACCACUGAGGCUAUCCAGGCUAGGUACACACCAGCCCAGAGUGAUUGGCUGAGGCUUAGCCUUGAGAGAAUUGGAGGAAGAGUUUGGAAGUACAAGUUCAAUUAUCUCAUAAAAUUCAUAUUUUUCUAUAAAGCAUAUAGAGAAUUCAGCAAUUAUAGAUAUCUGAAGGCGAAUACAGUGAUGAGCUUACAAGCCAGUGCUAACCAUUGGAUGAGUAUCUGCCAGUGGACCGGAAUUUCCUUCGUUACAUUCUGUUUGAUAUAAAUUAUAAGGUUCAAUA